CGCGUUAUCACGGGUCUGACAGCAAAUAAACAAAACAACAGAAGACUUGGUUCUUCUUCAUCUUCCAAAUAUUGAUUCAAAGAAUUUUGCAAUCUCGAUUUUGAGAGAAAGAGCGAUCGAUCACGGAGAAGAAGAUAUGGGUCACGGAGAAGAAGAGAAAAGGAGCAAAGGAUUUGCUUCGGAAGAAGGUAACCAGCAUCACCAUCAUCAAUACGGUACCUUUCAAGGUGUUUCCAAUUACCCUCCGCCGCAGAGCUCUGCUCCGGUCACUGGGUUUCCUCAACCUUCAGCUCCCCCUGGAGUUUACGAUUCCGGAGCUCCUUAUUACGCUCAUGGUUAUCAAACUGUUCCAGUCCCUGGUGGUGUUGCUGAAGGAAGACCUGUAACUGGGAGACAACGCCGCCUUCCUUGCUGUGGAAUUGGUCUUGGAUGGUUCCUGUUCAUAGUUGGAUUUUUCCUUGGAGCAGUCCCCUGGUAUGUCGGAUUGUUCAUCAUGAUGUUUGGACGAAGGAUCGAUUACAGGGAGAAACCAGGAUACAUUGCUUGCACUAUCGCUGCUAUUCUUGCAACAAUAGCUGUGAUUCUGGGUGUAUCUAAAGGAGCAGAAGAUUGGUGAUUGAUCGAUCAAUCAUCUUGUCAGUUAUUCUCAAAACGGUUGUAUAGGUUUCUUUAUCGUGUGUUGUAUUAUCAACUUCUUUUUGCUAGCUACUCUAUGAAGAAAGAAAAAGCUGUAAACUUCACAGAAGAUUAUUUUGGGUUUUGUUAUCUAAAUAAGAAGAAGUCAAUUUUAUGAAAA